UGUGCGGCAGGAGCCAAAAUGGCGCAGAGGUGCAGCGAGGAGGGGAAGCCUGAAGAAGCCCAGGAACCGUUAACUGGAUGACCAGGAGACCCGAGGACUAGUUAACCAGCUGGCAGCUCAACUAACCAGGACUUUUUUCUGGCGCUGACCGCGUUAACCCGGCGGUAACCGGCACCGCAAAGACCGGAGACUCUUCACCGGAGCCCCUCCACCGUAGCCCAUCUACCGGGGACCCUCCGCCGGAGCCCCUCCACCCGGAGGACCCCUCCACCGGGGACCCUUCCACCCGGGACCCCUCCACCGGGGACCCCUCCACCGGGGACCCGGCCUCAGGACCCAGGUCGAGAUGGCCGAGCGGCGGGUGGAGUGGAAGAGACACAUCUGUGAACAGCUGAAGCUCCGAGACCGGGUCCAGAGACAGAGCUUCGAGGAGAUCGUCCACCAGUAUCACCGCCUCCUGGAGAAGUCCGACCUGCAGGCCGUCCUCUCUGAGAGAUACCAGGCUGAGAAAUAUGAGUCCCAGAGAGGACAUGAGAGCAGUCCUGCCGACGCUGCUCGCUCCGACGCGCUGCAGCAGGAAAUGUCUCAGAUGAAGAUCCGACACCAGGAGGAGCUCACCGAGCUGCACAAGAAGCGAGGAGAGCUGGCUCAGAGUGUCAUUGAACUGAACAACCAGAUCCAACAGAAAGACAAAGAAAUCCAGACCAACGAGGCCAAGAUGCAGGAGUAUCAGCAGCAGAUCGCCAGUCUGGAGGGAGACUGCCGGGAGCUGAGGAGCUACCUGCAGGACCUGGAGCGGGCCAAUCAGACGCUGAAGGACGAGUACGACGCCCUGCAGAUCACCUUCUCCGCCCUGGAGGACAAGCUGAGGAAGACGACGGAGGACAACCAGGAGCUGGUGUCCCGCUGGAUGGCCGAGAAGGCUCAGGAGGCCAACCGGCUCAACGCCGAGAACGAGAAGGACAGCAGGCGCCGACAAGCCAAACUCCAGAAGGAGCUGGCAGAAGCUGCCAAGGAGCCCCUCCCUCUGGAGCAGGAUGAGGACAUCGAGGUUUUGACCGAUGACGGAGGGAAGCCUGGAGGAGGAGAGACGUCCCCCAGCAGGACGCUCAGCAGGACUCCCAGCAAGAAAAUGUCCCAGCAGCCUCCUGGCGGUCUCCUCGACUCCAUCUCCAAUAUUUUUGGCAGGCGUCGAACCGCCAACUCUUUGAGCACGUCGCCGGAAAGUACCGAGAACCCGUCCGGGGUGUGCGCCGAGGUCCGGGUCCCGACCACGGCCCUGCACGUCUUCGAUGCUCAUGACGGCGAGGUGAACGCGGUGCGCUUCAGUCCCGGCUCUCGUCUCCUGGCGACCGGCGGGAUGGACCGGCGGGUCAAGCUGUGGGAGGUCGUGGCCGGACGCUGCGAACCCAAAGGAGCUCUGACUGGCAGCAACGCCGGAAUCACCAGCAUCGACUUCGACAGCGCGGGCUCCUACCUUUUGGCCGCCUCCAAUGACUUUGCCAGUCGUAUUUGGACGGUGGACGACUACAGGCUGAGGCACACGCUGACGGGUCACAGCGGGAAGGUUCUGUCCGCUCGCUUCCUGCUGGACAACGCCCGCAUCGUGUCCGGGAGCUACGACCGCACGCUCAAACUGUGGGACCUGCGCAGCAAAGUGUGUAUGAAGACGGUGUUCGCCGGCUCCAGCUGUAACGACAUCGUCUGCACGGAGCAGUGCGUCAUGAGCGGACACUUCGACAAGAAGGUCCGCUUCUGGGACAUCAGGGCGGAGAGCAUCGUCAGAGAGCUGGAGCUCCUGGGUCGGGUGACGUCUCUGGACCUGAACCACGACCGCACGGAGCUGCUGAGCUGCUCCAGAGACGACCUGCUGAAGAUCAUCGACCUGCGGACCAACGCCGUGCGGCAGACCUUCAGCGCUCAGGGCUUCAAGUGUGGAGCGGACUGGACUCGAGUGACCUUCAGUCCUGAUGGUAGUUAUGUGACCGGGGGGUCGGCAGACGGCGCUCUCUACGUCUGGAACGUCCUGACAGGGAAAGUGGACCGGACUCUGGACCGGAGCCACAGCUCUGCCAUCAACUCGGUGUCCUGGUCUCCUUCGGGGUCGUACGUUGCCAGUGUGGAGAAAGGCAGCCGGGCCGUCCUGUGGUCAGACAUGUGAGGCAGGCAGACGGGGACGCUGUCCUCUGAUGAAGGUGUCCUCCCACUCAAACUGAGGAAGACACGUCUCUAAUGGACACUUGGUUUUUUUUUUCUUUUUUUUUUUUUUACCUGUGAAGUUUCAGUGGCUGUCACUCACCGAAUAAAGUCUGAGCACUUCUGAGUACUGAUUGUAAUCUGA